AUGCAAAACCUGAAUAUGUCGAUUGGCAACAUCUCAUCAGCUACAGUCGUUGGAGCCAGGCUCAGCCGUAAUUCGAAGAAAGUUUCCAAAUACACGGAUGUUGCAAAUCUGCUUUCUGGUGAUCAAUACAACAAAUUCGUGGGAGAUUCUCGAGCGGUACUCGCUAACAUGUCACAGCUGAUGAAUUCUGCCGAAAGGUCCCACACGGUCACAGAUAACGAUGUCGAACGGGCAAUGAAUCUGACAGAUACGGCCGGCGAAAUCGUUCAGGAUAUCCGUCGUCGAGCUGCGGACGCAUCUGCUUCCGUAGAUCAUGCCAAGAACCUCGUCGCCUCUCUUGGAAGCCAUUCAUCGGCUUUAAUCAUCGACCCAAGAUGGGUGGAAUACGCCGAGGAGACAUUACAUCAACUGGAAGCAGCAUCAGCUGACGGCAAACCUGAGGAAGCAACGAGGGUACCGAAGAAGGUCGCAGAUGUACAGGAUGUACUGAACCAACGUAGCGAAAAAUUAAACGAAUUGAAUGAAAAGCUCAAGGCCGCCCAACAGAAGAGUGAGAACGUCGCUGAUUAUCUGAACGAUUCGCAGAAAAUGCUGAAGGAAUCUCGGAAGAACUCGGAGGAGGCUCGGAAGGCUGCCAACAGUGUGUCGACACUAAAACUUGAAGGUCUUGCAAAAGCCCUGACCGAUGGUCGUGAUAAGGCUAUCGAGGAACACGGCGUCGUCAGUGGUGUACUGCUGGAAGUCAAAAACCUUACCGAACAAGCAAAGGACGCUCUGGAAUCAGUGGGGAAUUCCCUAACAAACUUAGCCGAAGUUCGAGCCGAACUUGCCGAGACCGUUGAGCCGAAACGGGAGAAGCGUGAUGUGACCUAUGAUCAGGUGGCGUUGGAAGCCAGAACUAGAGAGUUGGAAGCCGAGGCCUCGCAACUGAAGCACAACUUUGGUUCAGCUCAACUUGAGUCUCAGAACGCCGUUGAAGCUGCUACCGCCUAUAGCAAUAUCACCGACUCGCUGAAGAACGCACAAGAAAAGACACAAUGGGCAAAAGAUGAGAUGGCUGAAUUGGGCAAAGGUUUGCAAGAGCACAGGUGA